UGCAAGGUGAGCAUCGGCUCCAGCCCCGCUCCAGAAAACUCCACAAUAAAAAGAGAAGAAGAGAAAACCUCACUCAGAAGGGAUGUGGAGAAGCGAGCCCUGGAGGCGGGGGCUGCAGGCAGGGCUCCCCACGGCCGCCCGCCCUGGCACACACGUAACCCAAAACUGUGCUGCUCCGCGACAGCCGGCGGCACACGGAGGCAGAGACAACAGCUGGCUGUCAGUGCUGAGCGAGCAGAGCCAGCGCCGAGCCGGGAUGAGGGGAGGGAUGACGUGAAAGUUUCAGAAGGCAGAAGGAAAACAAGAGGAGGAGAGCUCGUGGCACGGCUGGGAGCCAAGAGCAGAAAACACAAAUCACUUCACCUCUGCCCCUGCUGCCAUCUCUUGGAAUGGAAGCAAAACUGGAAACUUGCUGAUACAAUCUCACAGUGCUGCGUGAAGGGGAAAGGAACCACUUCUGGAGCAGCUCACUUGGGGUACGGCAAUGAUCCAGAAUGAGCUAUUUAGCUCUAGACCCAAUCGUGACCUGCCAGCACAAAGGCUGGAGAGGUUGAGCCAGAAUGUCUUCUGAAGCCUUUCUGAAGGAAAUGCAAACCAUUGGUGAGAAACUUCUCCUUAAGCUCCAAAAACUGCCCAAGGCUGACCCUGUGGAGAUCGUGUCCUUCUGUGUGGUGCUCCUGUUUAUUGUAACUGUUCUCGUGCUGAUGAUCAUUGCUUGCAGCUGCUGCUGUUACAGCUGCUGUAGCUGCAAUGAGGGUCCUGACCACAGACGUAGGAAGGCCCAAAUCCGCCCGACUGCCCAUCCAUGAAGUGCAUCAAGAGGUGACAUAACCCAUCAUCAAGGACACGCAUGGACAUUGUGAUUCAGCCCCAUGGGAAUGACUCUCUGCACUAAUGCACUGGAAAUGGCAAUAACAAUAUUAAUGAUUAUGACUCAGAGGACCAGAAAUCACAGCAUGAAAUACAUCCUUUCUGUGACAGCUACGGCUGGGCUCCACGAUGUGAGCAGAAAGGUAACACAACUUUACCAUAACUGUCUCCAUGUUUGGGGUGGGCUGGGAGUGCAUAGACACCAGCUUCUGACAAAACAGACACACUUACCCAAUAACAGUCCUGCAGCUGGGCUAGCCAAGGGUUCCAUUUGUGAGCAUCAAGCCACACACCAAAGCAGAGAAUAUGAGAGUUGCCAUGUGGAUAGGGGGCACCUACUCUCUUCACAAGUGGCUAAUCCAGAAGGAUGAUGCUGGGUGCUAGCAAAACCACUGACAUCGCUGGGAUGUUGACAUGCUCAGUACAUCUUGGAUCAAGCCCAAACCUGCUCUCUCAAAAGCCAUGUGCAAUAGACACCUUUAGCUGAGAUGACUGCUGAAAACAACAGAUUGUCGACCUGAUGUAAAUAUGCCACCUGAGACUCGAUGUACAGCUCCCUGACUACAAAUACUCCCUGCCCUCUUUUGUGUCACAGCCAUGUGAAACUGUCAAAAAGAAAAAAUCAGAUCACGUGCAAUUCUCUUUGUAAAGAGAAAGAUAAAGGCAUUCAAGAAAAAUUCACUGAUGUUACAGUUUAAUUUGAUAAACAUGCUGCUUCCCAACUUCCAUGUGCUAGUUAGAUCUUUCGUGAAUUCUGCCCUUCUGCAUAUUGCAGGUGAGUGGUCCUUAUAGCAUGGGAGUUACAGGAGACAAACAAACCCUCAUCCUUACUUGAGGGACCUGUGUGCCUGACUCUGUGCACCAUGUGCAGCUUAUUUCAGUGGACAUAAACAAUGUGCCAAAGGUAUGUUCAUUAGCAUUCACAAAGGCAUUUCAAAGGAGUGACACGCAGUGUGGUAAUUGUCACUUCAGGAUACACAUGCAGCAGCUGACAGCUGGCAUUGUGACAAAGCACAGCCAAGAAUGGCCUGUACAGCUGAAGUUACCAAGUGAAAAUAAAUCCCUAUUCCAUGUUGCAGCCACUGUGUAUGUUUGGUUUACACUGCGGUGAACGUUAAGGAAUUUCUCUAAGUGCAAAGCUAUGGUGCAGACAAGGACUUUCGUAACUUCAAAUGGAAGAUCAUCAUAUUGCAUCCAACUCUGCAAGCCAGUGGGCUUUCUUUCAGCCCAAAAUGUGAGAAAAGUCACUUUACAAGAAGGUAUGAAAAGAUGAGUACUCAUAGAUAAGUCAUCUUCUACCCCUUGUAUUCCACAUUCUAAGUGCAGAGGAGUCAAGGGGAUUACACAUAUGUAUACCACAACCAAGAGAGAAAGGAAUCAAGUUUUUAACAGUGGGAUUUUAAGUAUUUUCAUGCUUCAGAAGGGACAACAAAACAGAAACUUUGUAAAGAGACCUCUUCUGUCUGAUGCCUGUGCCCAAAUUACUAGAAUGCUCAUUACAUCUGCAGCUUCUCAUGAACUUAAUGCACUUUAAAAGAAAAAUAACCUAGAUGUAGGUAUUUUGUAUUUUUUCCACUUGCAUAUUGGAAUAAAUCCACCCCCAACAACACAGAGAACAGUCUAAAAUUUAUGACAAAGUUCCUCAAACUACCACUGUUACUUGAAAAUUAAUUAAAAACAAAACAAAAACAGCAUUUAAAAUUAACUAAAGCCAACAACCUUCCAGGAUAAGGUGGGGACAUUCCCUAGAAAUUAAACCUCUGAGCCCCAACUUGAUCACUGCAAUCAAAUGAGGACUGUACCAGUAUAAGCUGCUACAUGCACAACCACAUUAAGGCCAACAAAUUGCGGCCUUUAUUAUGCUAUCCCAGAGCUUCCACUUACAACAAAUAUGCUAGGGUAGGGUAAGCUCAAGCACGGCAUCAAUUUACUGCGAUCAACAUGCCAAGGUGCUUCUCAUUAACCUGUCAGAUGUUUUUGCUCAUUUAUUUACAAACAAGUGACAACCAAGGUGACACAGAAGUCUCAGAACCUCUCUUCUGCAGGAGACAGCCUCAACAGACAUUUCAGUUUCUAAGUUAAAUCACGAGACCUGCGAAAGAACAGAGCUUACUUUCUUUCCUAGCCUGUGCUAGACAGUGCCAGCUACAGCAGUUAACAGAAUCCCAUUGAGAAAUGUUUCAGCAGCAUGGAACCAGGCUGUACUAACAGUUAGGAGGAAGCUCAGCAGGCUGGAAACAUACCAACAGCUCUGACAGGUGGCUGUCAAUGGGAAUGAGCUGCCAGGCAUUAUUGCAAAAGGAAAACCACAGAUACAUUUCCCGGUUGUGUUACAACCUACAUCACUGACAGACACAAGGCAGGGGAUAGGGAAACGGCUCCUUCCCUAUUUCUCCCACUGUAAGUUCAUGAAUUAGAAGCAGAGAAUAGAUACAGUGCUGUUGGGGGGGGAGGGAAGAGAGAGAGAGAAAAAAAAGGGAAAAAAAUUAAGCAACUUUGUAAAGAAUGCAUCUGGCUUCUGGAGAAACCGCCAAGGAGAAAAGGGGCUGUAGGCCAACUUCUGCAAACCUGCCUGCACCUGAUGUGUUUUUUUGUUGUUUGGUUUCAUCCUUUAUUCACAUAAAGGGAUCUGGAAUGCUCUGAGCAUUAGUGAGCAUGGAUCCUCUGUCUCAAAAAGCACAGAGGAAGGCAGACUACUGAAAAACUGUUUCAAAUGCAGCAGUUUGAGUUUGCCUAGAAGAAACUACAAGGGGAAACAGUUACUUCAGUCAUGAUGAUACAUAGCUCCUUUCCCUGAGAAACACAAAGCAGAUCACAGCCUCUUCAGAAGAAGCAGCUGAACCACUUAAUGGAAAGGCUUCUGUUCCAUAAUGUCACCUGUUAGACUCCAAAGAGACUGACUUGGCUCGUGAAAAACAAAUUUCCUUCCACUCAUAUCCUCCUUCUCCUCUCUCACUUCUCUUUAUUACUUUCCCUUUGUUAUUCUUCAGUUAAGAAAGCAACAGGGAGAGUUUAUGUUGCAGCUAACAGCAGUACAAGGUUCUAUGGCUUCAACCAUCUAAUCUGUCAUGAUGAUGUUUGGACUAGAGGACAGAGUUGUUCAGAGUUCACUUUACACAUAGCAGCCUCCUAGCAGGACUUGUAACAGAUACAGUCAAGACCCAAAAAAGAACUUCCUCUUCUCCCCAUUGCAACCUUCCUAAGAUAGAGAACACAAAAACACUCUAAAAAGUCUCAAAUAGGUGCAUGAGUGGAUAAAGGCAUGGAGAGGAAGAAAUUAAUGAUGUGUGAACUGAGUCUUUCUAACUGGGCUCAAAGCCUUUGACUAGAUUAGCCACACCUUUGCAAGAUAGCCAGCUGUUAAUCAUUUACUGCAGUACAAAUAGGUAAUUUGUACUGCAUGCUAAUAGGCAUGCUAAUUCUACAGCUAUCCAGGUGUAGCAAAGGGAUCUUUGCUAGGUUAAGAAGAGGCACCGGAAGAACUGCCUGCUGCAAACUCAACAGCUUCAGCAGGGUGGAAGGCACCAUGUCACCAGUACAAGAGAAAUCCUCAGCUCUGGAAGACCUCAGGAGUCGGAUUGAAACGAGUGACUGGGCUCUUGCAGGGCUAGUGGUGAUUGGCAUCUUCUGCCUUGUUAUUGUUGCUUUCUUAUUAAUUGCAGCCACCUAUGGGUGCUGCUCAUCGCCAAGACACAAACGGACUAGGGCAUGAAUAGUGAAACUGAGGAGCAGUACUUGGAGCUCUGCAUUUAAGCAGGAAUCAGCCCAGCUGCAAUAUGGUGCUCUCAUCUUCUGUCCUCAGGUGGUUAUUUUUCCCCAUACAGCUUUCCCAGCACAUUGUUCUGCAAGUCCAGAGCAAACUCCACAGCAGGCAAUCUGUAUUCAGGAAGCAAAUGAGGACUUUGGCAUUUUGUUAAUUACGUCUCUGCCUGAUUUUUGUCUUUCAAGCAAAACCACAGGAUAGACUUGCAGAGUGGUCAGCAACUACCUGGAAACCAAGAAGAUCUCUUCCACUACUGCAAUGACCUGUUUGUUUCUUCUAUUCUGCAAAUGGGCAUUAGGAAACUGACUACAGCUUUGUCUGAAUCAAUUCUCUAAAAGCAGUUUAAACAGUUGUUCUCCUGUCAUACUCAAACAAAAGCCUAAAUACACUGCAAAAAUUUGCCUGCCAGAAUACAAAUGUCUGCAUGUGUGCUUAUUUUAAAUCUUGCAAGGUCAGAAUUUCAGCUUUACUUUUGCUGUUUGGAUACUGAACAGAAUUGUACUAAUUCAAAGUGUAAAAAAGAAAUGGGAUGUAGUAUUUCUUCAAAGA